CGCGGCAUUCUCGUUGGACGACAGGUAUUCGUUCGGUCUCGGUUGUCAUUCAUCGACAGUAUAAUAUUGCAUCGCGCUUCCUGGUGUUCGCUUUGACUCCUGCUGCUCUCGUUGUUGCUUUUCCCCGACGUAAUCGGCAGCAACAGUACAAAGCGCCUGAACAUUCGAGACUCGGACACACAGCGGCUUUCCCUUUCCCCCGUGUAGUACAUAUCUCUCUACAUAUCUAUUUUCCGUUUUUCCUUUGGGCUUCUAUUCGUACAAUACCCGUUGCAACCCCUUCCCCCCUUAAUACUCUAAAGCUUCGAUAACCACUGCAUCCGCCAAACAAUCUCGGUCACGAUGCCCAGUCCCGCUUCAUCCAACUCUGGGGACGUCACCCCCAAGGCUGCCGCCCCGUCCCUCCUGCCGUCGUUUCUCUCCACCGGUUUCCCUGGAUCCGGGACUCGCCACUCCACUCCACCGCCGCUGGAAUCGCCUGUUCCCCGAACCCCUAAGCCUCGUCGCACGGUGAACGGGCCUCCCCGAACCCCGUUGGCGAAGGCACACGUGUCGUUCGAGGAAUCCGACAUCGAGGAAGACGUUGAUGCUGCCAUGCUCCACUCGGGGAUGGCAAUAACGCGUCCCAACUCGACCUGUUCGUCGUACUCCUGCUCUUCGGACUCUUCGGUCGACAGCAAUACCACGUACACCACCGCCGACGGAAGCUGUACCAGCAUCGAGGACGAGGACGGCGGCUACUGUCCCGUCGACGAAACGCCAAAGCGGAAGCCCAGAGACAUGGACGGGUAUCUCCUUUCGGCCAUGCCAGAGCGGCAGACCAUGCCUGGAGGUAGAGGCAAGGGCAAAGAACCGGCGCGUUCUUCCGGACGCAAGCGGAAGACAAAGUGGACGGACGCGAUGGAUGCCCACCUCUGGAGGACGUAUGCGUUGUACCAGCAGGAUCCCAAGAUCACGCCCUUCUUCGUCCUCCCCGGCCAGGUCCCGCCGCUCGGUGUCUGCUACAAGGUUGCGCGCGAGACAAAGAAGAGCUGGAAGGACGCCAAGCUUCGCGGCGACUACGCGCCCGCUGCCGCAGCAACAACGCCGCGACCCCGGACGAGGCAGCGCACACCCGUCCCCGCCGCCGAGACCAGCAAUCGCGGCGAUGCCAUGCGCAUGGGCACGCCCUACACCUGGACGGCCUCGGAGUCCUCGACGCGACGCCGUCUGCGCGAGCUCUGCAGGGAAAACUACGGCCCCGCGGCCAAGAACCCAUACCACUUCCACCAGCAGCAGCGCGGCACCGCCGCCGGAGACGAUACCGGAUCGCGCGCAACCAGCCGGAUUCCACCGUCGCUAUUCGGAGGACCUGGAGGCUUCACGACGCCUGCCUCCCGCGACGCGUUCUCGACCACCCGCAACAUGGCGCUCUCACUCACCACCAGCACGGCGUCCUCGAUGCGACCGACCGGCGCAUUGGCCUCCCUUGCGGCCGGCCGCGACGUCCACAUGCCGGCUCGACAGGUCUUCCAGUUUGGUGGCCAGUUCGGCGGCAUCGCCGAACGCAUCGCGAGCGCGUCCACCGCAUCCGAGGAGCUCCAACGGAACCCGCUUUCGACGGGACCGCUAGGUCUCGGCUUCGAGAUCAGUAGUGCCUUCGCGUUGAAAAAGACGGCCAGUGGCAACGGCGGCAGCAGCAGCAGUAGCAGCAGCAUCAUUAAGCGGGAGCGCUCCCCAGUCCGACGGCAUCAUCGCCAGCUCUCGCUCGACAGUAACACCCCUUCCCUCCUACCUCCGCUGGAGCUUAAAUCUUCCCGGUCGCCCUAUGGUACAUGGCCACGAAGACUGAACCGCGCUGAAGAUGAGGAAGCAGAGCCCGCCGGCCCGGCACCGCCAGCACCCCGGACCCGUCCGCGAAGGAAGACACUCGUCGACCUCUUCGGCGACGAGAAGCCAUCGCCAAUCGUGGCCGCCGCUACCGCCGCCGCCGCCGCUCUCCCCCGGACGAGGACGAGGGGGUACACCGUCUCCGCCGGCACGAAUCCGCUCGGAACGAGGAGGAGGCCGACGACCACGCCCAGGCCCAGUGCGCCGCUGUUGACAGUUACCGGCCCCGUCAGCUACGAGGGCGACAUGAGCAGUCCGACGACGAUGCGGGAUGCGCAGUUCGAGGGAGAGUUGGACAUGGGCGCUGGACCGAGGAGGCUGGGAAGUCCGUUCGUGGAGCGCGGGAGGGAUUAGUGGAGGAUCGGUCGUGUCGAGUACGGGGGACAGUGAUGAGUUGGCUGUGGUUGUGGUUGUGGUUGUGGUUGCAAUUGUGGUUGCGAUUGUGGUUGCGAUUGAAUGUUGUACGAUUAAAAGUAGAAGACGA